UUGCCCCCGGGGCAAACAGUCAAAAUCCUCGCGCGUUCGUCGAUACCCAACAGAUUUUCAUCACGAUGAAACCGUUUAACGCGAUUUUAUUGGCUCUAUUGUCGCUCGCCUGCCUCGCCGUCGCGGAAGAUCCGAGAAACGCGGAGAUCAGGCUGACGAGGGCGAUGCACGAGUUAAACGAGAGGGAUACCAUCAACGUCUACGGCGACAUCAUCACUUUGGAGAGGGUUGCGAGUGACGACGAGGAAGGAAGAUCGACGAAGAGCGAGGACCCUCUAAUAGGAGAGAUCGAACGAUUCUUGAGGAGCAGGAGGAUUCGUGUUCGUCUGCCCAACGAUGGAUCUUCCGCAGAUAUGUUUGGCAGAGCCUUGGGACAGAAGGAGAUGGGCGUUGAACUCAGAGCCUUGACCACGGGUGCAUCCGAAGCCCGAACCAAACUGAAGAAGAUCGUACUGCCGCUUCUGCUGGCCCUAAAACUCAAAGCCAUGAUCGUCCUGCCCAUCAUCAUCACUCUGAUCGGUCUGAUAGGGAUCAAGGGACUCGGCGCUGGUCUGCUGUCCCUUCUCCUCUCAGGAGCGGUUGCCCUGAAGGCGUUGCUCACGCCACCGCCAGCCCCCGCCAGGGUGACCUACGGAGUCGUGAAACCCGAGAUCCACCACGAACAUUGGCACAGGUCGCAGGAGGAGCUGAAUCAACCCUACAGAGGUUGGGCCCCUGAAUUUGGGCCUGAACAGUACCCCUAUCAAGACAUCCCUUGAGUUUAAUCUUUAAAAAAUUCAUCCUCUCAUCCCCUCAUUUUAUUUAUUAUCUCCUCUCUGUUACCCACUGCGCAUUGUUUUUUAAAUAAAACGGCAUCAUAUCCUCUC